UUAAGAUAUCUGUUGUACAAUUAUCUAGCUAGCUUACUUGAGCAAUGGAUAAUAAUUUUAUCGGUAUUUGAGUCGUGUUUCAUUAAAAUAAUAUUGAAAUUCGUUAACUUUGUGCGAGGAUCAUCAUUAAACACAUUCACAACGAUGGACAAAAGAAAAUUAUCCACUGCAGGAGACAGUCUGUACCAAAUAUUACAACUUCCCAAAACUGCAACGCCAGAAGACGUGAAGAAAAGCUAUCGUAAAUUAGCUCUAAAAUAUCACCCUGAUAAAAACCCCAACAAUCCUGAUGCAGCUGACAAGUUUAAAGAAGUAAAUCGUGCUCACACAAUACUCAGUGACACGACGAAGAGAAAUAUUUACGACAAUUAUGGAUCACUUGGACUUUACAUUGCGGAACAAUUCGGAGAGGAAAACGUCAACGCCUAUUUUGUUGUGACAAGCACCUGGUGUAAAGCUUUGGUCGUGGUGUGCGGUAUUUUGACAGGAUGUUACUUCUGUUGCUGCUUAUGCUGCUGCUGUAACUGCUGCUGCGGCAAAUGCAAACCGCGUCCUCCCGAAGAGUCCGGAGAUUACCACACGCUCGAGAGAGAUGACUCCGACGGCGUACAGGCAGUCACCGUGCAGCCGGGAGGCGAAGGGCGCCCCGCCGGCGAGCAGGCGCCGCCCAUCGCCAUGCCGGCGCCCCCGCCGAACGUGGCCUCCGCCGCUUCCGAAAACACCGGCCUCAACACAGGAAGCAGUAUUCCCAAAUACACAUGAAGUGAUCACAAGUAGUGUAAUAAUAAUAAGAGAAAUGAAGAACUGACUUCUAAAAUCCAUCACAACACACUUUACAAAUGUAAGCCUAAUAUUAAUUUUGUUUUAUAUGUAUUUUUUAUAUUAUGAAAUAUUUUUGCUAUCAUUUUUUAUUAGUGGUAACACUACAUGAUUAAAGUUUGCCCUGU